GGGAGUGCGCGACAAACUAUAGAUCAUAACAGUGACCACAGUGAUGCGGUGUAAAAGUGACACAAACACUAAUUAAUUUCCUUUUCUUUAUAUGUUUUGUAAUUUCACUUACUUUUAAGACUUAUUGUUUUAUAAUCACCAUGUACCAUAGUCACUCACCACCAUUUAGCACCCUUACGAUCUCUGCCUUCGGGAGCAUGUACGGUGUAAACACCGCACAAUACAUGUUUUUCCUGACUAAGAGUUUUCAACUGUUAUAACACGCGCGACAAUCGUUCAUAACCAGUUCACGUAGAAUCACCAUAGCGUUCGCGUGUGCUCAUUAACAUUCUCACCCGUAGUUCUAAGAAUAAACCAAAAUUCUUCUUUAACUACGGAGUUUUAUUUUGUAUGUACGGACACUCCGUACAUCUUGGUCCUUCGAGCUUUUGACCUUUCGCGCGUGUUGGUCACAAGCAGGAUCACUCGCGUGAAGUGUCGGCAGAAACCAGCGACUUAACCAUACAGAACCACAAACCAAAAGUGAUUGUGACAUCACACCCCGAGCAGGACCAGCGUUACCAGUCUGUCAUUCCGGCAAACAACAUACUCAAGUAAGAUCGUUCAAUUUAUUAACAACUUCAAUAACCAUGGAAGCCUUACUUGUUAACCAAAACGAGUUGGUGCAGGCGAUGGAACAACUUCUGUCGUCCUUUAAGAAGGCAGGAAGGGAACGCAGGACUGUCGAAUACGUUUCUAAAAAACUGGAAACUCUUGACACCUACUGGAAAGAGUUUCACCGUAACCACUCAAGCCUUUGUUCGUACGAAGAUAAGAAUAAUAUACCAUACUUCGUAGGCAACCAUUAUGAUCAAGCACUGAACUUCUAUAACAACACCAAAGCACAUAUCGAACAAGCUCUCCCUAAACCUACGACGCCCAUUAGUUCUCCCAGGGUAGAAACUAAAACGUACCCAAUACCAGGGCCUAGUACCAGUAAGGUUAGCAUAAACCCGAUCAUAGAAUCUAGGGGUUCAACAAGUGAAUUGGAGGAGAUGUUGCAAAAACAAAGGAGCAACUUUAAGGCGUUCGCUCACAAAAUGUCAGUAAUCGAGUUGGAUAACCUCACAGAAAAAUGGCAGUUUGAGGACAUUUUACGAACCUUGCAGUCUCGAUGGUCAGCCAUCGAUGAUCUACACUGGGAGAUUGACGGUAAACUAACACUGAUUUCCGAAAAUAACCCAGAAUAUGAAGCUUCGUUCUUCGAAUAUGAAAAACAAUUCUCCGAUAUUAAGCUAGCAAUUAAUAGAAAAAUGUGGUCAACAUCGUACAGGGAACAAUCCACACCGAAAAUGGAAAUACCAACUUUUAGCGGUAACUACCACCAGUGGUUGUCGUUCAAAGAUCUGUUCACUGAAACCAUACACACCAACGGAUCCCUAUCGAAUGCCCAAAAAAUGCAAUUCUUAAAAGGCAAGCUUAGAGGGGAAGCUGAAAAGUUAGUACAGCAUUUACGAAUAAGUUCAGACAAUUACCAUAUUUGCUGGGAUAUAUUGAAUAAUCGCUAUAAUAACACGAAACUUAUAUUCAGCUCGCACAUAAAUACACUGUUAACCAUGCCAGUAAUACAAAAUCAGUCGGCAGCAUCAAUCAAAAAACUACACGACACCACCAUAGAGUGUUUGAACGCCGUGAAAGGCCUAGGACUCGACACAUCGACCUGGGACCCAUUAGUCGUCCACAUACUCGCGCAAAAAUUAGAUGUUGACUCGCACAAUGAGUAUAUCGCAUCUCUACUAAAUCCAAGAGACUUGCCAACCCUUGACGACUUCCUCAAGUUCCUGGAAGUCAAAUUUAUUUCUUUAGAAUCUUCGCGACGGAAACCAGAACAACUUAAGAAACAGCUGCAGGAAAAUUCCACAAAAAAUCAUUGGAGGUCUUCAGUUAAUACCAACCAUAGUAAUAUUGCACCAAAUAAAUCUUUCAUAAACCACAUAACCAACAAGACAUUGAAGAAGCCAUCAAAAUUUUGCCCUCUCUGCAAAAAUAAUCAUGCAUUGUAUCAAUGUAAAACAUUUUUAUUGAAAGAAAAUAAAGCAAAACGGGACGUAAUUGCGAAAUUAAAUUUAUGCAAUAACUGCCUAUACUCGCAUAAUGGAAUUAAGUGCAAUUCUACCAAAACAUGUCGUCAUUGUCACGAAAAACACAACACGUUGCUGCAUGACGCCUUAGCGACAACGGCGAGUGACCGCUCAAGUGGGUCGCCACCAAUUGAAACAGAUCAGCAGAUUCUACAUACAUGCGUUUCGCAAGCAGCCAAGAGUCAAGCUGAAUCGCUGUUAGCAACAGCAAAAAUUAAGGUGCAGGCGGCAGACGGGAACUACCACAUUAUGCGAGCCCUCGUCGAUCCUUGCGCCCAGUCUUCCCUCAUCACCGAAAACGCAGCCCAGAGGCUAGCUUUACAGCGAAAAGGCUGUAAGUGGAUAGUAUUCGGCGUAGGAUCCAAAGCGAACCAGAGCAAGGGGGUCGUCGAUAUUAUAGGUACAUCCAUACAUGACGACUUCACUUUCAGCACCAAAGCGUUUAUCAUGAAAAACAUGAUUCAUAACGCUAAUUUACCAUAUCAGACCAUACACAAACCAAAUUGGAACAGCCUAAAGGAAGUGAAACUGGCGGAUCCGGAGUACUAUAUAAGUCAACCAAUAGACUUAAUUUUGAGUGUCGACGUUUAUACUCAAAUCAUUCUACCCGGACUAAUCCGCGAAAAAUCAUCCCCGCAUAUAGCUCAAAACACGAAGCUCGGUUGGAUGAUAAGUGGAAAAUGCGCUAAAAAAGACAGUAGCCAUUCAGUUAUAAUGGUUAACUUAGCGACAUACAAAGGUUUUGGGAAAUAGAAGAUAU